UCAAAUUGUCAAAAAAAAUGUGAAUGGUUAUUCGUAAAAACCCACUGUGUACCGAAAUAAAAACUUGUUAUAAACUCGAUUUUUGAAAGUAUAAUGUUAAAUCAAUAAGUGUUUCUUACUUUUUAGCUUUUAUCGUGUCUGUAGAGUGAUACAUCAUCAUGGCGAGGGUACCUACCGAUGACCCAAGGCUUAACGACAACACAUGGAAUUAUCACACAAAGACCGGUGAAAACUGUACACCUGGUCCUCUAAACGAGGUGCCGCAAGCUCAUCUGCCUCCAAAUGCUAACAUCAUGCCCGAAAACAUGUACAACACGCCAAAUAUUGGCAACGAUGUGUUCAUGUCUAAGCAGUACAAUAUGAACGUAAACGAAACUAAAAAUAACAACGAGAACGCUGCAUAUAACCCAGCAAUCAACAACCGCGUGAAUCCGCAGAGCUACGGGAAUGCCAUGCUCAAUUUAGGCAAUGGGCAACUCAUGAGAGUUUUUUAUGAUGAAAACAAUCAGCAGCUUAUUUUUCCGAUGUCCGGCCAAUACGAGCUGUUCAACCACAACCAGGGACUGUGUGAUGUACCGCUACAGAAGUCUCAGCCUUCACAUGUCUUCACUCUCAAUCAGGAAUGUCAGAUCAAUAACUCAUCAAAUGUACAACCCCCAACUGCCACUAUCCAGUGUAGCUCCUACCCACAGGAGAGCUUUCAGCAAAUGUCUAAUACGCCCACAUCAAACUUCAUCAAAGAUGUACUCGGAAACUGGGAGCCAAACUCAACAGGUACCUAUUCACCCUUUGGUCAGAAUUAUCCACUUAAUCACCCCGAUGUGUCUUCAAUUCUCUCCAAUAACUCUGUUUUGGAACCCAAGAUCACACAAAAUUCUCCAAAAAGAAAUGAGAGUGGGCCUUUGAGUGAUACCACUAACAAAAAGCGUAUAGUGGCUGAAGUGAAACCCAUGAGACCGAGCUACUCAGAUGUUCUCGCCAAAAAUACCAAAAAUAACCAGCCCGAACUCUCCAAAAAGGUUAAGCCCCAAAAUAUUGAAACUAAAGCUCCAAAUAAGCUGAGCAACAAAGCUGAUAAGCCGGCACCUGUGGCAAAACAAGUGAGUGAUGAUAGUAAAAAUAAAUCUGACAAAAAACAUAACAACAUUAUCUCUGGCAGUGAAUCUGGUGAUACUAACACCGAUGAAGCUGAGAAACCACAGAAGAUGAGCAAGAAAACUAAAAAUAAACACAACAACAUGUCGCGCAGGUGGUCAUCUCUAGACGAUAUCAACAAUGAGGAAGACAACUUUGUAAAAGAUGGUGAGAGUCAAUUCCUAUUAAUAAAUGAUCAAAGCGAGAAGUCAGCUAAAAAGGAAAAAAAAUCUGAGAAAGAAAAGAAUGCUGGUAAGAGUGCCCUGGAUGACAACUCUAAACAGGAAAAAGAGGAGCAAAAAUCACAGUUCAUAUUCCAGGAUGGUCAAAAUGAAGCAAAUAAAACAAAGAAGAGGAGGGAGCGCUCCUAUUUCAAAGCCUCAAAGGUGACACAGGAGAAGAAGAAAACAAAUCCGACUAAGCCAAGAAAGAGUAAGCCCUGGUAUGCUGGGAUGUUUCAGCAUUACCUGGAACAUUGGGGUGGAGCAACACAAAAAGCUCUUGUAUGGUUCUUCUACUUGCUGUCUGAUGUCUGCAAUAUGAGCUUUCAUCUUUCGUUUGACUUGUGUACAUCUGUCUUUACUCAAACAUAUGUGAGUUCACAAGCGGUGUGGCGGAGCACAAAGGAGAUGAUGUCUAAAGUGGCCAAAAACAAAUACCUCACAUACAUUGACAAAAAGUUUGGACACACAUACUUUGCUUUUUGGAGAAAAUUAAAAUGGUUUAAAAAAGAUACAGACAAUGAGAAUGGUAAUGACGCAAAACUAAAUGCAAAUAUACCACUGCCAGCUACAGGGGAAGAAGCUAUGAAACGACUGUUGGCAUGUAAAGGAAAAGAUCCUUAUAGCAUCCUCGGUGUGAACGUGCAGUGCUCGGACGAGGACAUCAAGCGCUACUACCGGCGGCAGGCGUUCCUCGUGCACCCCGACAAGAACCAGCAGCCCGGAGCCGAGGAGGCCUUCAAGAUACUCCAGCAUGCUUUUGACCUCAUUGGGGAGCCUGAGCGUCGUUCAGCGUUCGACCGUCGCGCGUUGGAGUCGCGGCACGCGGACGCGGCGCUCAGCGAGCUCAGCGCGCUGCUGGCCCAGCUGCACGACAAGAUGGAGUUUGCCGCCAACACCAUUAGGUGCACGAACUGCGGGCGGCGGCACAAGCGCGUGGCGACGGACCGGCCGUGCUACGCCGCGCGGUACUGCGCCACCUGCAAGAUACGACACUCCGCUAGAGAGGGUGACAUCUGGGCGGAGUCGAGCAUGUUCGGUCUGCUGGUGAUGUACUACGCGUGUAUGGACGGCGCCGUCUACCAGAUCACGCAGUGGGCUAGCUGCCAGAAGCGGAAUCUGAAGCAGUUGCGGCCGAACUGCCACGUGGUUCAGUACCGCAUCGUGCUCGGCAACCGAACCGCCGCCCCAGACCUCGCCGCCCGCCCGCCCAGUCACGAUCCAAAUCUGGAGGAGUUUCUAAACAACCUGUACAGCCAGUCGGGCGUGUCGGCCAACUCGCCGCAACGACCGCCGACGGACGCCGACGCUAAGAAACGACGGAACAAAAAGCCGCGCACAUAGUCGCCGAAAUCGCCGACAGAUGUGACAGGCUCAUAAAUAUAAUGUCUGUCGCCAAUGUUAAAGUAUUUACCGAAUC